UUCAAUCCUGUUUUCUAAGGCUCCUGUAAUUGUUGAGCUUGCCCAGACCCUUUCCUUAGAAAAAACAGCUUUGCAGGGAAUCAAGCUGUCGCGGACGGCAGCUUCAUACAAGAUGAUCCAUGGUCUAGGUAUUUACAUUUUCUUUCUUGUGAUGUGGGGCAGCAAGACCGGCCUCGAGACCAGGAUGCACCAAUACUGUCCCAACCUGCUCAAUGUUGAUGGGGACUCCUGUCAUCAUAUACACAAUGCGGCAAAUAAGUUCUCAGAGCGCUUUGACAGCUACUUGGAGAAACUGUUCAGUGAUCUCCAGGUUGACCAUCAGUGGAGUCCAGACCAAGUGAAGUACCUUAAGGAGAUAGCUAUGAUUCUAAAUCUCCCCGCCUCUAGCCCACAGAGGGGCUUUGUUCCUCAUCGCUGGCUGUCUGCAUAGGAUGCCAGCAUGGCAACCCAUGCCAUGAUGCCUGCGUACAAAGUCCUCUAUUAUGGCUACCUCUCCACUGCAGAUAAGGAGCUCUAUAGGGAGCCUUUGGAACUGAUGUACACCAAGUACCACAUCAAACAGGCGGCAAGAGCCAGUAUCAAGGUGGUUCAGGAGGAACUCAACAGGAAAGGCAUGACUCCACAAGGCCGUGAGAGAAAAAAGAGGGUAUGUCAGAAGCUGUGGCAUGAGGAGACGACAACAGUCCUACGGCUCAGCAUCUACAUGGGUGUGCUGGCUAUUCUCAAGGAGUAUGUCAUGAUUUUCCAGGGUAGCCAGACAUUGGUUCACAAACUUCAUGAUCGGCAGCUUGAGCUGUUCCUGGCCUUCCUGGCUUGCUUUGUGAAGGCCAAACACAUUACUCAGCUGUCUCCCAGGGCUCUGAGGGAGAUGGUCCUCGAGGAUCAUAUACUGCUGCCCUCCAAGGAGGUCUAUGUGGGAAAGGACGCUGACACGUUCAGGAGCCAGAAUCCCAAUCAUGCUCUGUUGGUGCCAUUCCUAGCAGACGUCAGGAAAGCCUACAUCACCACUGCAGUGUACCUCCAGAAGAAGCUCCCCUUGGCUAGUCCGACUCUGACAGCCCUGUCUGCUCUGGACCCUCUUCUGAGAGGCCACUCACAGGCAACCAUCCAGUUAAAUUUGUUUUUUUUGCCAUAUUACCAUGGAGAGCGCUUCAAUGGGCGCAAGCACUAUGGAACCCUAACUCUGAGGUUGUUAAGACUCUCUCAGGUUUCCUUUCCCACUUCAAAGAGGUUUUCGGCCAAGCAGCUUCAGAUCUCUCCGUCCAUGACCGACUUUUCAAUCUCAAACAAGGAAAAUCGUCUGUGA